AUGUCAAUAAUUACAGGAAUUUUAGCAGUAGAAUCAUCCUUGCUUUCUGUCUUCUUCUUGACAAAAUCCGAAACAUUGGUUAUUCCACAAGAUAGCGAUUCUACUACUUAUAACGUGACUUUUAAUACAACAUCAACUCUUCCAUUAGGUGUCGAAUCAUACAUGACAUUCAACUUGAAGCCAACAUUUAAUUCGGAAACCAUGGCAGUUAAUUUUAUGUCUAAAUCAUCAAACGGAUAUUCACAAGUCACAGACUCAAAUCAAGCGAUGAUCAAAAUUACAGGAAAUACAUAUUCAGGAUUUAAUGCAUUUUCCACAAUUUAUAACAAUGCAUCCAACAUAGAGCUUGAAACAACAAUCAAGUUCCCAGCUAACUCUCUCGAAACAAUCCAAGCCAAAACAGUCUUUUUGAUUCCACCUUCUACGCAUUCUAAGAUUAUUCCUUUCAUUUCACUUAUUCUUGCUGUUUAUUGCUUCUCAAAGCCAUUAAUUGCAGGCGCUUUUAUUUUACAUUUUGUUGCAUUCUCAGCAUUCACUGAAAAGAUCGGACUUGUUUCUUAUAGAUUGUUACUCGGACUUGUCAUCUUUAUCGUUAUCAAUCACCUCUGUACUCAAACACUUAAUCGUGCAAUUCCAUCCUACGUUUAUCUUUACUCUGGCUUUGUUGUUUUAGGUCUUUUCGUAAUUUUUGCACUUUUUGGCAUUAAUCAGCCAUUCCAAGUAGCAUCAUCACCAUUAGAGAUCCUUAUCCUUCUUUGCAUUGCCGAAUUCAUCGGACUUGCAGGUUAUAACAAUGGAAAAUGCAAAUGGACACUUUUCCUUGAUCUCUUCCCAGCUCUUGGCUUAUUUAUUACACCACUCGUUGGCGCCUUCUUAAAGGCCUACAUCAAUGAAUUUUUCGGAAUGUCCGCUGCUUAUCUUAUGUCAAUGGUUUUGUCAUUAACCGGUAUUUUUGUUCUUUUCAUUUCCGAAAGCUACAAUACAUCUGAAGAAAUGUCCGAAGAAAUCAUUGGCGUCAUUUCAAUGGAAAAUGAUUUCCACGAAAACGAAAACACACUUCAGAUUGCUAAAGCACGCAACACAGCAAGUCUUCUUCUCAUUUGUCUUCCAGGAAUUGCUUGCGCUGCUUUAUUGAUUAUCGGAUAUAUGAUAAAUGUAAUUCAGAUCAAAAGUGCAUGA